GACACGUGACCAAAACACGGAAGUGUCGUCGGCCGCUGUCUGCGUGCUGCAGCUCUCCAUACAGAGGAGAAACUUCGUCUUUUUCAGACUUUACGGCUUUGAUACCUGAACUGAAAAAUCGUCAGCGGGGUUUUGGGCAGCGAAGAUGACCCAGGCUGAGAAGGAGCAGGAUAACGGAAAAGAGAAAGAGAAGGAUCGAGAGAAGGAGAAAGAGAAGGAGCAGCAGCGCGGCGUGAAGAGACCCAUCGCCCCUCCGGUCAUCCCGGAGCCCCAGCAGGAGCAAAUACAAAGCAACUUUGUGGUCGUCAUCCACCCGGGUUCGAGGACGCUGCGCAUCGGUCGAGCCACAGACACUCUGCCGGUGACUGUCCCCCAUGUGAUCGCACGCAGACACAAGCAAAGCGGGCAGGCUAGAUAUGAAGACGCAUGGCUUCUGAGAGGAGGCUUAAAUAAACCAGAGAGCAAUGAGCAGAGGCAGAAUGGACUCAAAAUGGUCGACCAAGCCAUCUGGUCUAAGAAGAUGUCAAAUGGAGUGAGGAGAACACCCGUCUCCUCUGAACAGGCCAGAGCGUACAACUGUCAGAUCCGUCCUGCAGUGCUCGACAGCAGCUCCAGAGUGAAGUGGACCAACACAGGCCACCAUCCUCCGUACCUGGUGGGAGAGGAGGCUCUCUAUGUGAAUCCAUCCGACUGCUACAACAUCCACUGGCCAGUGGUCAGAGGUCAGCUCAAUGUGCACGCCGGCCCUGGAGGCUCGCUGAGCGCCGUCCUGGCUGACCUGGAGACCAUCUGGAGCUAUGUUAUUCAGAAGCAUCUGGAAAUCCCCCUCAAGGACUUAAAGUAUUACAGGUGUAUUCUUCUGGUCCCUGACAUUUACAACAGACAGCACAUCAAAGAGGUUGUCAACAUGCUGCUGCUCAAUAUGAACUUCUCAGCUAUCAUUGUGCACCAGGAAUCUGUGUGUGCUACCUUUGGCAGCGGCCUGAGCAGUGCAUGCGUUGUGGACGUAGGCGACCAGAAGACCAGCCUCUGCUGUGUCGAGGACGGAGUUUCCCAUCGAAACUCCAGGUUGUGUUUGGCGUACGGCGGUUCAGAUGUGACUCGCACUUUCUUCUGGCUCCUGCAAAGAGCAGGAUUUCCCUACAGAGACUGUCAGCUGUCCAACAGACUGGACUGUCAGCUCUUACAGCAGCUCAAGGAAACCUUCUGCCACCUGAAUCAAGAUAUCUCAGGACUACAGGAUCAUGAAUUUCAGACACGUUUCCCAGAAGCCCCGGCUCUUCUGUACCAGGUUCGAUUGGGAGAUGAGAAGUUACAGGCGCCCAUGGGUCUCUUCUACCCGACCACGUUUGGUAUCGUUGGCCAAAAAAUGACGUCGCUUCAGUACCGUUCACAAGGCGAUUCAGAGGACCCUCACGAUGAGCACUACCUGCUGGCCACGCAGAGCAAACAGGAUCAGUCUUCCAAAUCCACUGCAGACCGGAAGGCCAUUUCCAGACCAGGUGGAGGUUUGGACGGUGAGAUGAGCAGCCAGGGAGGGAUGGGGGAUCUGUCAGACCUGCCCCGGGGCUGCGGGAGCGGCAUCGGUGGCGGCAGUUUAGGAGGAGGAGGAGGGAGCCAGGGCGAGAUGGAGCUCGGGCCUGCACAGGCGGAGUGUCUGAUGGGGGCUGGAGAGGUGGAGGAACCCCUGUCUGCUCACCUCUCCAGGAAGACUGCCAUCAUGAACCAGUUUGAGAGCAAAGCACUCGGACUGGACAAGGCCAUCCUGCACAGCAUCGACUGCUGCGCGUCAGACGAAACCAAACGGAAGAUGUACAGCUCCAUCCUGGUGGUGGGAGGAGGGCUGAUGUUUCAUGGUGUUCAGGAGUUUUUGCUUCACCGUAUCAUCAACAAGAUGCCUCCCUCUUUCAGAAGGCUCGUCGACAACGUGGAAGUUAUCACGCGUCCAAAGGACAUGGACCCGCGGCUGAUCUCGUGGAAGGGUGGAGCAGUGUUAGCCUGUCUUGACACCACCCAGGAGAUGUGGAUCCACCACAGGGAGUGGCAGCGCUUCGGCGUCCGAAUGCUCCGAGAGAGAGCGGCCUUCGUCUGGUGAAGCGGACUGCAGAAAGUCAUCGGUGUUUGAAUUGUUUCACCUCAUGGAAAAGAAACAUUUUUCCCCAACAGAUUUUAUGUAUAAAAGACUAUUUUAGCUGUAUUAAAUCCAUGCUCUGAACUUUC